AUGGAUUAUGCGUGUUUUGGGGAUGUCCUAGCAUUUGAUACAACGUAUAGGACAAAUGUUUAUAAAAAGCCUCUAGUAGUGUUGGUUGGUGUUAAUCAUCACCACCAAACUGUGGUCUUUGGUAGUGCGUUAUUGAUAGAUGAAAGUGUUGGUACAUAUGAAUGGGUGUUGGAGACAUUUCUUAUUGCAAUGAUGAAUAGGAAACCCAUAUCUGUAGUAACUAAUGGAAAUAAAGCUAUGCGUAAGGCAAUUAAAAAAGUACUACCCCAUGUGUGUCAUCGCCUGUGUUCAUGGAAUUUGCAACGAAAUGCAUUCACGAAUGUGCAUAUUAAGGACUUCACAAGCAUCUUUGCAAGGUGCAUGUUCAUGCAUGGGAGUGCAGAAGAAUUUGAAAAGGUUUGGCAUCAAAUGGUUGAAAAUUUGGGUCUUAAUGAGAAUCGUUGGGUCACCGAGAUUUAUGGGAAACGUAAACGAUGGGUUGAAGCAUAUUUACGUGGAAAAUUCUUUGCAGGGAUGAGAAGCACACAAAGGGCAAUAUUGAGAAUACGGCAAAACGAGGCAAAGACGGACUUCGAGUCGAACAAUUCUUCACCCAUGCUUUCAACCAAGCUAUCCAUACUUGAAAAUCAUGUUGUGACGGGAAUGCAAGGGGAGCAUUUGUCGAAUGACCAAUCUGACAUAUAUAUAGAUUAUGGUGAAUUUGGCAAUAUAACAGGAUUUUAG